AUGAAGGACACCCAGCCCACCAGCAGCGACAGCAAAGGUAUGGCAUGCAGAGGACCACUGCCGCCUCCCAGUGGCCCUCCCUUCUGCGACUACGCUCACCCUGCAUUUCCUCCAGAAUACGUGGUCAACCCAGAAUACCUGGAGAGAGAACCUCCGAGGGUGUACCCUGGGUGUUCUGGGGUACACCCUUACCACCCAUUUCCCAUGGGAUCUGCCAGCAAUCAGUCAAGCUGUCAGGGAGCACUGUCACCUCCAGGGAUAGCACUGCAGAGAGGUUUCUGACCCAUUCCUAGCAACCAAGGGCCAGGGAAUGCAGCUCGUGUGUCAAUUCCAGGUGGAGGUGGAGAUUUCCAUCAGUGAUACCAUGCUCCUCUGCCUCAGUUCAUCCCACCAAGAUUUUUGCCAGGGAUUCGUUACGUUCCACCUCCCCUUCCACUGAACGAGUUGGCUGAAACAACCAAGGAAGCACGUGCUACUGAAGCUGACAGUCAGGAUUCAGAGGUUGUUCGUGAGCCUGGCCAACCGAGUGAUGUGGAGCCUGAAGAUUAA